AAAAAAAUGUUAAAUUGAAAUUUUUUAUCUAAUAAAAAGAAAUUUAAAAGAAAAGUCCCUCAAGCAGUGUUUUCUUGCAAAAGCUUAAAUUCCUUAACAAAUUCGUAUGACCUCCUAAAAGUAUACUAUAACAAAAUGUGUGCUUAAAAUCAGCCCCAGUGUAUACCUUGAAAAUGUCCAAUGAUAAAUUGUAUCCUCGGCCACCAUUUUAAGAGCAAACGAAAAAGCCAAGAAGAAAAAAAAAAAAAGAAAAUAAGAAGAAAUUUUAGUGGUAGUGCAAAACUAUAUUAUACGAAGAACCAACCGACCCUUGGUGCGGAUUGAAAAGGAUAUGAGAUGGUGUUGACGAUGGCGGAGAUGAUGAUCAUAAGAAAAUGAAAUGUUCACAAGGAAAUUUACCAUAGUCAAGAAAAUGUAGGUUAACACUUCUUACCAUUCCCAUACGGGCGAGCGUGAUGUUCCAAAUGAGUUCGCAAGACAUUCGCCAUAAAUUAUUAAAAGGGCCAUUUCUUUGAACGACCCAACCACCAACCAAACAACAGUGACAUGGUCAUAGACAAUGUGUUGGCUGAAAAGAGCGACAUUUCGGUUGUAUAAAAAUAGACGAGACUUAAUUUAGACUUUCGGUGAAUGUUGCUGCCGGCAGAAGAACAGGACCAUUGUUCAGACCCAUGAAAAUAUUCCAUACCAUGGAGGUGUUUGUGUUGGCCAAUCAUAUGAUAAUGGAUUAUCAACGUCCUCAACUGUUAAUUAUAUCGAUUUCUUUGCUGUAUUGGUUUCGCACCACAGCCGAUUGUUGGAAAUUCGAUGGCGGCGGUCCAGGAGCCUUGGGUCCUGGCUACCGUCUGCCCCGCAGUGCCUCAAACCUGUUAGCAGCACGAGGGCCACCACCCGUAAUACCUGGAGGUGGUGGCGGCGGCGGUUUUGCAACUCUUUUUAAUUCACCACCUCAAGACAUUCUCUACUCCUGCCCCCUAAAUAGCAUGUGUCAAUGUGCCGGAUUACCGAAUGAAACAUCGACACUGAUCGAGAUUAAUUGCAAUGAGGUUGCAUUGUACAAAUUUCCAGAAUUCAUUCACAGUUCGGUGCGCUACAUUGAGAUGUCCAAUACCCACCUGCAGAGUGUCGACGACGAGACGUUCCAGGGCCUAAGACUGAAAACAUUGAAACUCAUCGACAACGAAUUACAGGAUAUAUCCGAACGAAGUUUCAGCACCAUGACUCACAGCUUAAUGACUUUGGAUAUAUCAGGGAAUAAAAUGCAGCAUAUACCCUAUGAGGCUUUGCAAAAACUUCAUUCAUUGACCAGAUUAGUGGCGCAGAGAAAUCACAUAACAUCUCUGGAUGUCAAUUGGGAGGCCCAGCAUGACACCCUGAGAUCCUUGCAUCUGGCUGGCAACGAUAUAACCGAAGUAUCACCCACCUCAAUGCACGAAGGAGCCAGUCAUCCCUCCUCGGCUGCCAUACAAACGAUAACCAGAGAUGAACAUCUUAAAGGAUCCCAUAUGUCGUCAAACUCCAUACCUGGCCUAACACAUUCAGGCCUUAGUCAUCAGGCGGGUAAACCCUUCAAUCGUUUGCAAAAACUGCUAUGGCUGGAUCUGUCCAACAAUAGAAUUUACCACAUCUCUCCGAAUUUUCUUCCACGUAGUCUCAUAACCAUCGAUUUAUCGGGAAAUCUGCUUUCCACUUUUCCCCAUCAUCUAUUCGAGCAUUUGUAUGAUUUGCGUAUAAUCUCGCUGAGGGAUAAUCUGGUGCGUAGUGUGCAAUCGAUAGAUUUGAGGCAGGUGCGCAUCCAUUUGGAGAAACUGGAUUUGGGCAAAAAUCUCAUAGAAAUUUUGGAGCCGGAUUGCUUUCAAACAAAUUACUCAGAUGUUCACAUAAGGGCUUUGAAUUUGGAGAAAAACUACAUAGCCCAUCUACCAGGGGCCGUAUUCCGGGACAUUGGCACAGUGCACUUGGUCUUGGCCUUCAAUAUGAUUGAACGCAUCCACGUGAAUGCCUUUGAGGGCAUUGAGGAAAGUUUGGAGUAUUUGGAUUUGGAGAGGAAUAACUUGAAUGCAGUGCCAGGAGCCUUAAGUCGCCUGAAUCGCUUGAAGUAUUUGUACUUGACCUCAAACAAUAUCAAUCAGCUGAGUAACCUGCCGGAAAACACCGAAAACUUGAGGGUGCUUUCACUGAGUGGCAACAACUUUACCAUGAUCCCAGUGUUGGGUCUCAAGAACUACACCAACUUGUCGUAUCUGAAUAUGGGCUAUAACUCCAUAGGAGAUAUACCAGAGAGCAUUUUCACUGUGGAUGGUUGGGGCUCCAAUUUACAGACCAUUUUGCUGAGGAACAAUAAAAUCACUCACCUGCAUUUGAACUCGUUUGCAGGCUUGGAUCAAAUCCAGGAGAUCUCUUUGAGCUUCAAUGACAUCAACAUUCAUCAUCCCAUGGUCUUUGAAAAUGUCUCCAAAACACUGAAGAUUCUGGAGUUAUCAUUUGCUGUCUUCCCCGCUAGGAGUAUGGAGUCCAUCGAUCCUUUGGAUGCCUUGUUUCCCUUGUCCCAGCUGAUGUGGCUGGGCUUGGAUAACAACAAUCUCAAACAUCUGAACAAUGAGUCCUUUUCGAAUAUGAGGGAAUUAUCCUACCUCAACUUGGGCUUUAACCAAUUGAAAUCCCUGCCCAGGGAUCUCUUUCUGCCCGAGGUGCACCUGCAUCUGGUGGAGAUCGAUCUGGGCUAUAACUCGCUGGAGAAGUUGUCCGCUUUGACGUUUCAUAAUUUGGGUGAUUUACAGACCAUAAAUCUGCAAUCCAACAAGAUACGGGCGAUUGAGAAACAUGCUUUUCUAAAUCUGGAAUUUCUGCGCUACAUUGAUUUGUCCUACAAUCGCCUAUCGAACCUCUCCCAACAGGCCUUUACCACUCUCCCCAAUCUGGCCUCCCUGGAUUUGAUGUUCAACAAUUUGUGUUCAUUCUCGCUGAAGUCCUUUCACUAUGUCUCCAAUACCAGCACUCCAUUGAAACUGAAUUUGACCCAUAACCGCAUUAGCCAUUUUGAGGACCAAUUGUCGUCGUACAUGUACAUCUACCAUCUGGAUAUGGCCCACAAUGCCAUAAGUAAGACGGAUAGUUUCGCCAACAUGGCCAACACCUUGAGGUUCCUCAAUUUAGCCCACAACGCCAUACAGACGCUGGCCAAUCAUGCCUUUGGCGAUUUGGAGUUUUUGGAGAUACUCAACCUCUCGCACAACAACAUAACGAGUGUAAGGCGCCGCAGCUUCCAGGGCCUGAACUCCCUGCAGGAACUGGACUUGAGCUUCAACAAAUUGGACCAACUGCAGGUGGAGCAAUUCUCCAAUUUGAGAAAGUUGAGGAUAUUGAAAAUCAGAUGCAACAAAUUGAAGGCCUUGCCGCGAGAAGUCUUCAUGAAUACCCGCCUCGAGUAUUUGGACAUUUCGGAGAAUCAAUUGACAGUGUGGCCCGUGCCGGCCUUCUCCGAUGUGGGCUUCACUCUGCGCAACAUUCAAAUGGCUGCCAAUCUGUUGGAGUAUUUGGACUCCAGCAUGUUCAUCAACUCGCAGUUCUUAUACGACAUCAAUCUGUGCUACAACAAGAUCACCGUCUUGCCCGACAACACCUUCAGCUUUCUGAACAAUCUUACCAAUCUGGAUUUGUCGGCCAAUCCCUUGGUUACCACCAAUCUCAAGGAGAUAUUUCUGCACACCCCACGUCUGCGGCGUCUCAAAAUCUACAACAUGGGGCUCUAUGUGCUGCCUCAAUUGAAUCUGCCCCAGCUUUCGUAUCUCGAUGUCAGUGGGAACUUUCUGCAGGAAUUGUCCUCGCUGCAUGAAAUGCGUCAACUGCGCUUUGUCAAUGUGUCCCACAACAAGUUUGUGAAUGCCUCCUGUGCGGUCGAGCAUUUGCCCUCCUCGGUGAGGGUCUUGGAUUUGGCCCAUAAUCCCUUGCGUAGGAUAACAGUGCACGAUAUGGCUUCGCUAAGGCAUUUGUCCGAACUGAAUCUGCUUGAUGUUAAGGUGAUCAAUCCUUUGGCCUUUGCCAAACUGAGGUCACUGAGGAAAUUGCACCUUACUGCCCAUGGUAAUCUGGGCGAGAUAGUGUCCCGCAUUCCCGGACUACAAGAACUAAAGGUCCACAGCAUAGAUGCCAACAUAGGCAGUCAACUAUUUGCCAAGCUGAUCAACAACACCAAACUACAUUUGGUAGAGAUUUACGGAGUCAACAUUCAGACAAUAUCUCCCGAUGCCUUUGAGGGUUUGGCGCGCAACCAAAAAUUGCUGGUAAAGAUUUCCCAUACGAAAAUUUCCGAUUUGCCUCCGGGCAUUUUCUAUUCCCUGAGAUCAGUGCCACAUCUUUCCAUUGAUAUAUCGGACAAUAAAAUCAAUGCCCUGGCGGCGGAUAGCUUCUAUCCCAACAAAACCUAUUGGGACACAGUGGGAACCCGCAGCAUAAUGGGCGGUCUGCAGACGGCGCAAAAUCCCCUGGAAUGUGAAUGUGGCCUAGUGUGGUUUGGUCACUGGCUGAGAAGAUGGUUGCGAGAAUCGGCUCAAAUUAAGGUCAUACAAAAGGAUGAAAUGAAGCAAAUGGUUCAGCUUCCUUUAAGUUCACGUGAUUUGCGCCGAGCUCGAGCCAACACCUGCCAUGAUCCCACCUCGGGCAAACAAAUGCCAAUAUUGGAAAUCUUUCCCGAAGAUCUACUAUGUCAGGCGUCGGCCCUCAGCAGUUCCAGUGCAAAGCUGUUCCUCAUCUCCUUCGCCGUGAUCGUGUUACCCCUCUUUGGCAUGACACUUUGAUAAUCGUAAGCCCUUUUGUCUUCAUUAAGUGAAUAGGUUUU